AUGAUUUCAGCCGGCGUGGAGGGAAGACUGCCCUAUAUGACCUACCCAGAGCCUUGGAGGGGACCCCCGAAACAGCCUCCCGAGCUGUUUCUCAGGCCCGCUCCAAAGCCCCUACCACCUACGACUAAAUACUUCGAUACAAAACCGUCAGACGUACCAACACUCUUUCUACAUUGCAGCAGAUACAAUAAUGGCGUUAACACCACCACAUACCCCAACGGUACCCGCCUGGCGCAACCCCCUCGAACCACCGGCAAAUACCCCUCACCGCCAUCAAUCACCACCCCAGUCAACCUCACCCAGACCAAGGAGGAAAUCACCGAAGACAUGACAAGCUUCAGCCCCUACAGACUAUUCCCUCCGGCGCACCAGUUCCCCCACUUCGCCUAUCCCCCCUACAUGAUGAGGGGCUGCUUCCCCACCACUCCCCUAUCGCCCAUGGAGCCGUUUUCCCCCACGACUACUUCCAGCACGUUCCUCUCGCCUCCCAGCACUUUCAGUCCGCCGUCCGGGUUGAAAUGCGGCCAGAGUUUGCUGCGCGAGAAGAAGACCUCCCCCCACCACGUUCAAGCUCCGCCCACUUCGGCAGCGUUCAAGAUUCCGUCCGGCAAGGAGGGCUCCUUGAAGCACCGCAUCCUCACCAGGCCGGAGGACCAGCUGAGGAUCGGCCCUCUAGACCUCCAAAAACCGCCCGAGGGCCGGAAAAGGCUGCACGCGGCGCUGUCUCCGCCCAGGUCGCCCAAGAAGCCGCUGAACAACAACACGCUGCCCGGCAGCUUCGCCAAGGGCUCGCUGAUCAAGCUGCACAACGGAGAGUUGAGGAGGAUAGAGGAUAUGCGCACGGAAGACUUCAUCAUGUCUGCGGAGAGGAGUCCCGAGUUGCGGUUGGCGGAGAGUACUGUGGUGAAGAUUGAGGAGCAGCAGCAGACGGGGAAUGCGACUAUCACUCUCACCUACAAUAAUAGGCGUGCACAGGUGGACAUGGACUCUUCGGUGGAACAUCCCUAUUUCGUGAUGGGACACGGCUGGGCGUCCUGCGAUCCCGACCGCUCGCAGCGCUGCUACGGCCUCCAGGUGCACCGGCUCCAAGUGGGCGACGUGCUCAUCUCGCUGACGCCCAGGGAGCCGCCCACUCCAACUCAGAGGGAGGCGCCCACGAACGCCCAGUGGGAGGCUCCCACGAGCUCCCAGAGGGAGGCUCCCACGAACUCGCAGUACGCUCAGCGGGCGGUGGGAGCGACGGUGAUGACGACGGCGACCGGGACGUCGAUGACGGCGCGACAGGUGUCGGUUAAUAGUGGCGGCAAUAGGGCGCAUCUGACGGAACCGAAGCAGGUUAGCACCCAUCAGACCCAGCCGAUGAACCUCCAUCUACCCUCAAGUUAUCCCCCGCAGGCGAUGUCUCCCGACAGCAUAGCCGCAGGCAAAAGGAGAUGGUCAGCGCCAGACCAAAUCUGUGAUGAAGAGGAACAAAACAACGCGAACGCCAGGCGGCAUCGGCUCGAUUGA